GAUAUCAUUUCGACCACCUGGUGUGAGUGGUGUCUGGAAGCUCCACCCGCCUUCGUUGUAUUUUAUCCUGUCGGAGCUUUUCCUUCCUGCACUGUAUUCCAUGGCCGAUGGGUAGUCAGCUUCUUCUUGGUAUCAUUCGACCUCCACGCUGCUACCAACAAUGCUCGAAAUUCACAUUCUCUCGUACUUCACUCCACUUCGAUCUAACUCGAAGCCGCUUUCUUCCUUUCUUAUUGCCUCUUCUUCUUGUUCUGCUCCAACUCGGCGUCGCUUGAAGAGCACCGCUAAUCCGCGUAAAAAGAACCUUAAGUGCCUUACUUCUCGCAUCGUUCAACUCACCCGCCGAAGGCAGCUUCACCAGAUUUUUGAAGAGAUUGAAAUUGCCAAGAAACGUUAUGGGAAGCUGAACACGAUUGUCAUGAACGCGGUAAUGGAGGCCUGUGUUCAUUGCGGCGAUAUUGAUUCAGCUCUUAGGGUAUUUAAUGAUAUGACGAAACCGCGGAGCUGUGGCGUGGAUGCAGUCACGUAUGCCACGCUUUUGAAGGGAUUAGGCGAGCUGCGCAAAGUUGAUGACGCCUUCCAGUUGCUUGAGUCCGUGGAAAAAGGUACCGCACCUGGAAAUCCAAAGCUGUCAGCAUCAUUGAUCUUUGGUCUGCUAAAUGCCAUAAUCGAAGCAGGGGACUUACGUCGUGCGAAUGGCCUCCUUGCUCGUUAUGGUUACGUACUUCGUGAAGGUGGCAGUUUCUCAGUCUCAGUAUACAACUUACUCAUAAAGGGGUAUAUCACCGCUGGUUUUCCUUUAGAUGCUGUAAACUUGCACAAUGAAAUGUUGCGUCAUGGAAUGAAGCCUGACAGGCUCACCUACAACACUCUUAUAUUAGCAUGUGUCAAGAGUCAAAACAUGGAUACUGCAGUGCAAUUUUUUGAAAACAUGAAGGAUGAAGCACAGAAAUCCACCCACAAUGACGUUUUGCCUGAUAUUGUCACAUAUUCAACACUGCUCAAGGGUUUUGGGCAGGCCAAAGAUCUCUCGUCAGUCCUGAAAAUAGUGCUGGAAAUGAAAUCAUGUCAGGAAUUGUAUAUUGAUCGAACAGCUUACACUGCAAUAAUUGAUGCUUUGUUAAAGUGUGGCUCAAUUAAGGGUGCUCUAUGCAUCUUUGGAGAAAUUCUGAAGCUGGCUGGUUGGAAUCCAGAGUUGAGGCCCAAGCCUCACCUUUAUCUUUCCAUGAUGCGUGCUUUUGCUUCUAGAGGAGAUUACAAUGUAGUCAGAAACUUGCACAGGCGGCUUUUGCCAGAUUCUGCAGGAACUAUCUUGCCAGUUGCCCAGGAAGAAGCUGAUCAUCUUCUCAUGGAAGCAGCACUGAAUAGUGGUCAGGUUGAUGUUGCCAUUGGAACUCUUGUUAAUAUCGCUUCAAAAGGGAAGGGUAUAUCAUGGACAAGUCGUGGAGGCAUGGUGACAUUGCGCAUUGAGGCCACAUUGGGAUUCUCAAAAUCCAUAUUCAGUCCUUACCUUCUUCCACAGGUUUCACCUGCUGAACCAGUUGAGAGAUUCAUGUUGCCAUUUGAAGCAGCAGGACCACUUCAAGGCACUGUACAAUUGAAGGAAGUGGUUAUGCGUUUCUUUGAUGAUGCAGUUGUUCCAAUAGUAGAUGACUGGGGCAGCUGUAUAGGAUUGGUGCACCGUGAAGACUGCACUCAGCUGGACUUGAAUGCUUCAAUUUCAACAAUGAUGAGAAGCCCACCUCCUACUGUUACAACUACAACAUCAGUCGGUCAUGUUGUAGAUUUGAUUUUGGAAAAGGGUUACCCAAUUGUUAUCAUUGUAAAGUACACUAGCCCAUACGGUACUGCAUACAACUCAAGGGCAGUUGGAGUUUUUACAUUACAGCAAUUGUAUAGUCUUGUCACACCUUCAUUUGAAUCACUAGGGCCAAAACUUUCAAUCUUUAGAAGAUAAUAGUGAUAUACCAUUUUUAGGUGUUUCAGAAUGUUAUCUUGCUUUCUCUCUACACAGUUUUGUCCAUGGGGACCAGAUUGAGGGGCCCCUGUAAGGGUUCUAUUUGGAGAGUUGAAAGAGGAGGAGAAAGAAGGGUGGCGGAGGAAGUGAUAGAAAGUAGGCCUGCAAAAGCCCUCAAAGUUGGUGAUGUUAUUUGUUGAACCCGGGCCGUUGUAUACAUAUGGAAGGAAAAAGCCCAAUAUGUGAUAGUGGGCUAAGUGCGUAGCUGAGGGUAACUGUGGAAAGGAGAUUUAGGAGUUAGUUACGCAGGGUAUUUGUUGUCAGGGAGGUCGUUGAGAAGGGGCAUGCAAAUGGUUAGAGUGUUGUGAGGAGUGUGGUGCUCUCGAAUGCACUAGGCUACGGGUUCCCUUCUGGUUGUUUUCCAUUAGGUUAUACCCUGUGGAUUGUUACUUUUCAGUGAAUAAUACAAGUUGCCGGAGUCAUUUCCAUCAUUAUUAAACGGACGCUAGAGGAUUUUCGGGGUUUUGCCCUCCUUGGAUUCUGCUUCUGAAGCUUCCAAAUAUGAAAGCUACCUUUACCUCCCUUUUC